AUGGAACUUGCCGUAAUACGUACGGACCGUUACCAGUUUUGCUCACAGACGGGUGGCACUGAGGCGCCUUCAGCUGAUGACGCUGCGGCAUGGACGCUCAUCCCUGGUGCAAUGCGGCCUGCGUACCAGUGCACGGACGACGAUGCUGGUAGAUGGCUUCGGGUGACGGUGCUGCCCCUUACAUCCUCUUCGGGUGGUCGCGUGUCAGGAGGCCCUACAGUACUGGAAAGCCGGGGUUCUGGUACUGGACAGGCAUCGAAUAGGCCGACGCUGCGGGCUAUGGCUGGGCCCAUCGUAGGCCAGCGCUCUAUGCCCGGUGCCGAGCAGACGCUGCAGAAGGAGCCGCUACAGGAAUCCCGGCUGGUGGUAGUGGAGGGGCAGUACACGGCUGUGGCGGACGGGGCCAACCGGCUCAUGCUACACCUCAAUCCCAACAACCGUUCGACGGAAGAUAUACCCCAGCAGCCGCCGCAGGGAGAGCAGCAGCUACAGCUCCCAGCGGGUUCGCAGCACUCAUUCGGCUCGCCUCGGGGCUACCGGCCCCGACCACAGCAGACCCAGCCUUCCUCCGCGCUGUCUGACCACCCAAGCGCUGAGGCCAUCAGAUCGCAGGCCCCGUCUUCAUCCUCACACCCCUAUGCUGGUCCACCUUCAGAACGGCAUUCUGAACCCCGGGGUCCCACCGAUAGUCAAAUGAGGCCCUUUACGCUAACGGAGCCUCACCAAGCCAUCCUGACCACAUACCGCGGCGUCACGUCGCCGACGCGCAUUGAACUCCCCACGCAUGACCACAAGCAAACCAAGCCGCGCAUAUCUGGACCCGGGGACCAGCCGCGCGCCCCGGCACCCCCGCCGGCACCUCCGGAGCGGGGCCUCCAUAGCGACCUUAACGGAACGGCAGGGAGGCAGCUCCCACCGAUUGCGCCCCCAGCUGACGCUAAAAAUUUGGACAGGGGCAUAAGCCGUCUUAGCAAUAUGGGGCCGGAGGCACCCCGCAUCCCGCAACCCGCUGCCUCCCCUCGAGAGCCAACAUCCCCGAGCAAAAAAGGGCCGCAAGGCCAGCAGCAGCUCAGCUCACCCUCGUCGCGUCCUGCAAGCAGGCUGCAGGACUUCAUUGCCGGAAACUACGCGUUGUCCGAGAUUCAGCAAUGGACUAUGGGCGCGUCGUCGUCGCAGCAGCCAUCGCAGUCUCCGCAGGGGGCCAGCGGUCCCAUCGCGGCGCCAUCCCCAGGAGUUUCGCGGCCGCCCGAUGACGAGUUUCAAUUGCUGCUCAAGCUAGCAGAGGCUGCUAGCGGCAGCCGCAGCUGCCGCGUCCCUUCGCCGGUUCCCCCGCAGCGGCUGGAAAGCGCUUUCCAGUCCACGCAGACGCAACCAGAUGAAGGCAGCGGCCGCUCCGGUGUCAGCAUGCCCGACGAUGUGGGGUUAUCGAGCCUGCGGAGUCGGCUUUCCGCGUGGCAAUCCCAGCGGGCCCCACUAAACAGCACUGUAGCUGCGUCGGGCGUUGCUCCGGCUGGCGCUGGGAUAGCCAACGGCAGCGGCUCCCUGAGAGAGGCGCUCGAGCAGCUUCUGGCGCAGCACCAGGAGACCGUGCAGCAGGUCUCGUUUGAAGCCGCCAUGUCACAACUACCACCUCAGUUCUCUGCACCAGCCGCAGCUUUACUCAAUGGUGGCCCCUUUGAAAUGCGGGCGUACCACAGCGACGCCACAUCCCUGCCGUCCUACCCUCGAGAACGCCAGCCGGCACCGCAAUUACUGCGUCCCCCCCCUUCCCAGGCGCAUGUGCGCUUCAUCCCUGAUACGCAGCAACCUGGGCCCCUCGCCUCCCGCGGCAGCGGCACCAGCAGCGUAUCUCUAUCUCAUGCCUUUGGCGAGGAGCUUGGAGGCGGCGAUAGCAAGGAAGAGCAACCCGGACGGAUGUCCGGACGCCAGACUGUAUCCACGUUAGGCAGCUCACGCUACCAGCCUUCCGAUGUUACCGGGGAUCAACGCAGCUCGCCCAGGACCGCGAGGGGGGAGCUGGAAGGCGAGUACCUAGCCCAGUUGCUUCAGCACGCACAGUUCGAGACGGAAGCAGAGGUCCUUGGCGUCGGCCCACAAUCGGGUUCCAGUACCAGCAGGGCUGGCCCAGACGCGGCUGCUGUCUUGGCCCGGCUAGUAGAGCAGGAGCAGGCCACACAGGGUCCCAGUUCCCGAGGCAGUGCGAGACCAGAUGCAGUGGGCUUGGCGGGGGGCGGCAAGCCUUCAGUUGCCGUGGACGACUGGGCCCACCAACCCGUGCCGAGUUCAAGGGCAGCAGCCGCAGGGGCUGGUGACGGGGACACCAUACGCCGCGGCGGUGGCGUUGGCGAUGUUGCUGCUGGCAGAGCUGCUAUUCGCAACAUUAAUGUUGGCGUUGCUGAUGCUAGUCGCGAUAGUGAUUGCGGCUGUGCCGGGAACCAUGCAGGCAACACACCACCGUCUCCAACCCAAGUUCUUUUGCAAGCUGCGCCAGCAUCCUCGUCAUUACGUGACAUGCGUCAUAUGAAUGAGGCAUUGCUGCGGCAGCUGGCCGAGAGUACCCGGCUACAGAUGCAGAUGCAGAAGGCGCUGGAUGCCGCAAUGGAGCAGCUCAUAGCCUUCCAUGCCAAGGAACAGCAGCAGCGCCGUGAGAUGAACAGCUGCCAAGGCUCGCCAGGCCGCCAGCCAAAGUCGCAGCUUGCGGUGCUUCAGGGCCCCACGUCUCCGCGCUCGGCUUCCCCGCCGCGCCAAGCAUCGCCACUGCCGCACCGAGAUGAGCACAAGAACGCACGCAGAGCCGCAUCACCGGCACCCGGUGGUGCUGUACAAUAUUAUACGGACAUGUCCCGCCGUAUGGGUGUGACUUCGAGGUCCAAGGGCAGGACGGCGGAGGCCGCGCGGCCAUCUGCUUCGGCGUUUGCUGAGAAUGGCGGCGUUGCGGCGGGCGACCGCGAUGGGCCUUUAGCAAAUGGUGCGGGCGGAGCAGGUGCAGUCAUUGGCACCGGCGUGCCCACGGGUGACGACGCCUCAACCGCUGCGGCCUUGCGGGCCCUGCUGCACCAGCACCACUUGCGCUGGCGGGCCAAGAAAGCCAAGCUCAAGGAGCAGGCGCAGGCAUGGCAGUAUACGGCCUGGCGUUACGCGACCGCGUGGAAGAAGGCGCGCGCCAUGCUGCAGGCUAUGGUUGCGGCUCAGGAGGGUGCUGCAGCUGGGGCAGGGUCCGUCAUGCACGAUGACCUGCCGAGUCACCAACACAACGGCCCACUGCCACAACAGGGUAGUCCUGUGCCACGAGAUUUCCGACCACUAGCGGCUGAGCCCGUUGCACAUCCGCCUGCCGGCGUAUCCGGGCGGCAGGUCGAACAUGGGCACGGUGGGGUGCGCAAGCUCAGUGAGCCGGCCGUCCUAGCCGGGAUUGCAGCUGCACUGCAGCGUCGGGACCCCUCGCCCGCGGUUGCUGCCGGACAGCGGCCGAGCGCCUACCCGGCACACUGCCGGGUAGGCAUGGCGGGAGCUACUGCCUUAACAGGCAAAGCCGAUGAUUUGGCACCAAGCAUCAGGGGCCCAGGAGGCAAAGCGAUUAACGCUAUGCGCGACGCGGCACGGAUGAGCCCACCAAGGUUGCGGCCCCGUCCGCAUCGGAAGUGUGCCCCGGCAGCUGGGGGCGACGGGCUGCAGGAGGAUCAGGACGACAUGCUUCGAGCACCUGAUAAGUAUUGCGGUGACAAGGUCAUUGGCAUUGAUUCUUGCGUGAAGCACCCAACAUUAGACAGCGUGGCUGGUGGCCCUCCACCCGGCCCGACCAUGUGGAGUGACGUGGGGGUGGAUUCAGGGCGAGACCAGGCUUCUCGUGGGCACAGGACUGCUCGUCGGCCUGAUGGUGGCGAAGCUACUGCACCCCCGGAGCGCGUUGAGGUAGCAGCGCACUGGCCCGCGACGUUGCGUGCUGACGGAAGGUCUCGCAGCACCAGUCCCAUAACCCGACCGCCCUGGAGGGACGCCGGCUGUACCAGUCCUACGGGCAUUAGAAUAAAUAGGUCCGGACUACCCCGUGACAUGACCGGCCAACUGGAAACGACCUGGUCUUCCUUGUUUCCCCCUGAGCCUACGCAACGCCCACUCCAGCCACCCCAACCUCCAGCAGUGCCUUACCGCGAUCCAGACGGUUGGUGGCAUUAUCCCGAGGGAUGGCUCGAUAUUCACCAGCCGCGAGUCCCGCACAUGCUGGUACAAAACGCACAUGUGAGACCGCAGCGCCACCAUCACCGAUACGCCGACAGUCAAGGCAACCCGGCACCCGGCGGGUGAUGAAAGCCAUCCAUCUUAUAUUUAACAUUGCGCAUUGAAGCAGCACUGCAUCACACCGCUGAAAACCGCCUCAGCAAGGUCAUUCAUAAGCUGCGGAGCGCCCAACGGCGAGUACUUGCAAAUUGCACAAAUGUAACUGUUUUUCCUGCACUUUUUCCGUCCUUCGAGUCCCGUAAUCCGUUCCCCGGUCCCGGCAAGCUCUUCAACUCCAACUGCUGCGACGCAAGCCGCCAAAUCCUUCAGCCAUCCAUUGUGCACAUAGCCAAACAAAAUGUCUUGGCCACAUUUUUAACAUACAACAACUGUGAACUGGCAAAAGCGAGGCGAUAACCCCGUGCAAUAGAAUAGGCCACU